AUGUUCCGUUCUAAUGGUCACUCAACCUAUUCUGGUGGUCACUCAACCUAUUCUGAUGGUCACUCAACCUAUUCUGAUGGUCACUCAACCUAUUCUGGUGGUCACUCAACCUAUUCUGGUGGUCACUCAACCUAUUCUGGUGGUCACUCAACCUAUUCUGAUGGUCACUCAACCUAUUCUGGUGGUCACUCAACCUAUUCUGGUGGUCACUCAACCUAUUCUGAUGGUCACUCAACCUAUUCUGGUGGUCACUCAACCUAUUCUGGUGAUCACUCAACCUAUUCUAAUGGUCACUCAACCUAUUCUGGUGGUCACUCAACCUAUUCUAAUGGUCACUCAACCUAUUCUGGUGGUCACUCAACCUAUUCUGGUGGUCACUCAACCUAUUAUGGUGGUCACUCAACCUAUUCUAAUGGUCACUCAACCUAUUCUGGUGGUCACUCAACCUAUUCUAUUGGUCACUCAACCUAUUUGAAGGUAUACCACAGUGGCCCAACUUUACAGAGACAAGAGGACAUGCCUAGGUGGCCCAACUUUACAGAGACAAGAGGACAUGCCUAG